AAUCCCCCCACUAAACGAAAUUUGAAAAUAGAAGAAGAAGAAGACAAAAACUAUCUAAAUUUAGAUGUAUUUAUUGAGGUAUGGAGCGUUGGGAGCCGAUGACCGAAAUUAGACGGCGGGCGCUGCAGUUUGUUAUAUAAGGGAGAAAAAAAGAGGGGGGGUUGGGUGAAGGAAGGAGUGAGAGAUGAAGAAACACGCAAAGAGAGAAGCCCUAGUCAUGGGAGGGAUUGAAUACACAUGACGAGCCGCUGCUGUUGGUCCCGAAGGCUCAGUGAGGCGCCAGCAGCUCGCACAUCAUCAUCAUCAUCUGCCACCAACGUGUUCUCUCUGCUCUUUUGUCAAAAAACGUGUCGAAAAAGUCGUGCGGGAAAAAAAACAGCAUUUGCAUUUUGUUUUUCUCUUUCAACGUGUUUCGAGUGGCGUCAUCUUUCAUGCCUCGUCAUUCUUCAUCGACAAUCGACUGAACACUUUUCUCUACUUCUUCAAAAAUUCAACGCAAAAUGUUUCGUGCGCAAUUUCUCGUCCUCUUCAUCCUCUACGCGACGAAAGGCGUUUGGAUGAUGGCGGCAAGCGGUGGCGGCGGCGGUGGACGCAUCACGCCCGAUCGACUGGGUUGCCUGGACGGCAUCGUCCAGGAGCAGCAGCCCAUCAACCGCGUCAAUACGACGCUGCGGCUGCAGCAGCUGCGGGUCGCCAUGUCGGCCACCAAAUUGGUCAGAGGAGCCCCGCUCAAGGCCUACAUCAUCACCAGUGACGACGAGCAUCAGACUGAAAUGGUUUCCCCGAGCGACAGGAGACGCCAGUACGUGACGGGUUUCACGGGAAGCGCCGGAACGGCGGUCGUGACGCUCAAUUCGGCCGCUCUCUGGGUGGACGGCCGCUAUCACCUGCAGGCCGACCAGCAACUCGACUGCCAAUGGAUCGUCAUGAAAUCUGGUCAGGAACAAGUGCCCAGCAUCAGCGAGUGGCUCAAAUCGGUUCUCUCUUCCGGCGACCGCGUCGGGGCCGAUCCCAAAUUAGUUAGCGCCGAUCAGUGGCUUGAAUGGCGCUCUGAACUCGCCGAAAGCGGAAUCAAACUGGAUGCGAUUCAGGCCAAUUUAGUCGACUCGAUUUGGAACGAGGACAACGGAAGACCCAAGCCCAAUCCUCGUCCCGCCUUUAUUCACGACAUUGUUCACGCAGGCCAGUCGUGGCAGGAGAAGGUGGGCGUGGUGCGAAACGAGUUGAAGGAGCUCGGCCUUGACGGAAUUGUCGUGACGGCCCUGGACGAAAUCGCCUGGCUGCUGAAUCUGCGCGGGGCCGACGUGCCUUACAGUCCGCUGGUCAAGAGCUACGCCUACGUGUCCCUGCAUCAAGUCGUCCUCUUCGUCGAGCCGCUCAAAUUGAAAGUGGCGCCCAUCAGGGAGCACCUGGACAGCGAUCGCUGUCCCCGGGAGCAGUCCGUUGACCUUUGCGUCGAGAUAAGGAGAUACGAGAAUGUAUUCACCGAUCUGCCUCGUUUAACGGCCAAAGCCAAUUCGAUCCUUCUUCCGUCCAGAUACGCCUACAGCGGCGGAGUCAGUUUCGCCAUCUACGAAACGAUUCCGGCGGACAAGAGACGGACGUCACCUUCGCCACUGAUUUUAUUGAAAGCGACGAAAAAUGCGGUUGAAGUGGAAGGAAUGAGAAACGCCCACCUGAAAGACGCCGUGGCCCUUUGUGAUUUUAUUUCGCUGCUCCAAGAACAGGUGCAAGAGGGCAAGGAGCAAUGGGACGAGUUGAAAGUGGUGCACAGCUUGGACGAGUAUCGCGCCCAGCAGGACUUGAAUCGAGGGCCCAGUUUCAGUACGAUCGCCGCAUUUGGACCCAACGGCGCCGUCAUCCACUACAGGCCGUCGGUGGAAACCAAUCGGGUCAUUGACAAUUCCUCGUUUUUGCUCAUCGACUCUGGUGGCCAAUAUCUCGAUGGAACGACGGAUGUGACUCGAACGUUCCAUUUUGGAAGAGCCACGCAACUCCAAAAGGAAAUUUACACUCGAGUCUUGAUGGGAGCCAUUGAUCUGGCCACACUGGUUUUUCCGGACUCGAUUGAUGACACCCGGAUCGAUGUUAUAGCUCGUCAACACCUUUACAGCGCUGGGCUGGACUACCUUCACGGAACCGGCCAUGGAAUCGGCUCUUUCCUCAACGUUCACGAAAGUCCCAUUCAGAUCAGAAUUUACGGUAAAGUCGGUCAUCAUUUCGAAGAAAAUUACUUUUUCUCCGACGAGCCUGGAUUUUACCAGGAAAACGAAUACGGCAUCCGCUUGGAAUCCAUUCUGCGAGUCAUCCGUAAAACAUUCGAGCAUGAGCGAGACAGCCGCUAUUUGGGGUUCGAGGUGGUUUCGUUGGUGCCCUUCGAUCCGUACUUGAUCGUUCCUGAAUUAAUGACACAUAAACAGCUUCACUGGUUGAACCACUACCAGGCCAUGGUGAGGAUAAAAGUAGGAGAGGAAUUGAAACGUCAAAACAGAAUGCGAGCGUUUUACUGGCUCAUGUCCAAAACGCGUCACAUCACCGAACCGUGUCACCGGAGUAGGAGCGGAGCCACAGGAUCCAUCAUCAGCACCUCGUCGUUAACUUUUCAAUUCAUUGCGACCGUUUUAGUUUCCGUCCAGCUGCUGGCCGUCGCCCCAUUGAUGAGUUAACGCGCGCAACCUUUUUUGCCACUGAAUCAGCUGAGUUCAACAAAUUUGUUUUGCAAGAUGAAAUGAAUUCAAAACUACGCCAUGCAUAAUCUCGCAUCUCCCUGACCGGAUCUUUUUUUUUUUUUUUUUUUCAAAGUUAUGCACCGAAAAUCGCAAUUGUUUUUAAAUUUGGAAAUGUUGUGAGCCCAAACAAGGUUAGAAUCUAGUUUAAACGGGGAUUGUAUUGUCACUCACCAGGUGUAUUAUAUUUUCACUUACUUUUUUUUCUCUUAAAUUGAAUUUACUACAUACCUGUGAAUAACCAAAUGUGGAAUUGCCUUUUUUUAUGUUCCAUCACAAAAAUACUGCACACUGGACAAAACAAUUCUAAUGGACGAAUGUAAAGUUAAAUACAGUAAGUUGAGAAAUUA